AUGUCACGCCUCCAAACCAAAACAGCAGAUCAAGAAUCCUCAAUCUGGAAGUUUCUCCCGGAAGACACUUUUCGCCAACACCUGGUAGCUCUAGAAAAAUGCACCAAUGCUGUACCAAUCGAACCACAAACCUUUACUCUGGAUUCCCAAAAUCUUACAACAAGGGAAAGCUAUACGUUACCUUUAGAAACGGAACAACAAAUAGCGGAUGAUUUUGCUUUUUUGGCUGCUAUCGAAGAAGGAGCACAAAGUGUUGCUGCUGUAUGUUUGGAACAGCAUCUUGAACCACCGGGCUUUGUUGUAAGAUUUGCAGCACUGGAUCUUUCGCUGAGUGAUGAAGUCAAAGAUGCUCUGAACUCCAUCACCAAACUUCUCAGUACUGUUACUGAGAGUGAAGAAUCAACCGGCACCGAAGAAUUAUUCUCCAAAAUCGUGGACUUGCAUUUCCGACGCUUGCUCGCUCGUUUACGAUCCUCUAAAUGGGAGAAACCGAAAUAUCUGGCUAAACAACACAAAAAACCUUUAUGGCAAGACUUUAGCAACCUUACACAUCGGAUUCAAUUUGUUUAUACCAAAAAGGAGGCAUCCCUCAGACGAGAGGUAGAGGCAUUAGUCCAGCAGCUCGCUUCCAUCUACGAAGCCUUUGAAACCAUGGAGCCAGGAUCCCAAGACGAACUGUCCAGUCUGCAGAAACUGAUAAAAGCAACUUAUAACUUUUGCAAAACCGAACAAAUUGCAGACUUUGCACGACGCCUGGAACAUAGUGUUACAGCAACACCAACUCCAAAAGUGGCUUCUGCUAUAAAAUGCCUGCGUCAAAUCGAGAAACUAGGUGCUUAUUGGCGAGUCUGCACUUCUCUUGUUUCCUUCAGUCUAAACUUCCCUACUUUGUUCCAGGGAGAAACACCUCUGGGAUUGGAGUUUUUGACGCCUUAUCAAGCCGUGGAAACGAAGAUUGGGUAUGAGACUUGGGCAACUUCUUGUCACGUCCAUGCAGAAGUCCAAUUGGCGGUUUACUAUGACCUACUCUUUCAAUCCUCCACAGAAACACUAGAAACUUUUCUGCCUCCGAGGGUCAUUGGAACGUCGAAAUGGCUUUGUUAUCUCUGCUAUCAGUUUCUACGUGCUCAUGGAAGAUUUCUACCGGCGAAUACUCAUGGACGCUUGUAUGAUCAAUGGACGAUACCAGAUCUGGCCGAAUACAAAGAAGAACUCCGAGCUCGAUAUCAAGGAAUCGUGAGCGAUAUAGAUGCAGAAGUGGUCAGAGAAACAGGAAUCAGUGAGCAGGAGGGAGUAGGGUCGAUUUUGAGAUGGCGUGCUGAGCCAAUGACAAGUCGACAGAAUCUGUUGGGUGUGGAUGGCGCAUGCUGA